AUGAGCUUCGCCAUCUACGACUUGGACGAGGAUGUCCGAAAGCUACUUACGCUAGACAAGUUUCUUGAUGGCCUUACGGUUCAUGAGUUUGUUGAGGAAUUGAGCAAAGAUCAUAUCCUCAAGGGUGCUGAGGUGAAGAACCUAGAGUACUUGGAUCCAAAGCCGUAUAUUCGUACUUUUGAGUCGACGCUUCGUCAUCUUAAGCAUUUGUCGACAGAAGCCCAGAAGGAGCUCGAGGAAACAGAAAAGGACGUGGAAACGUUCGAAUUGAAACACAGUGAGCAGGUACUUAAAUUGUCUGGAGAGGUUGAGGAGAUUGUAUCUCAAUUCGAUAAGCUUGACACAGAAAUAUCUCAGAUUUCGAAUACCAUUGAUCCAUUAAACCAGCUGUUAAAUCGAAUCACCAACUCCCGUGACAGGUCUAAAGAUACUAUCUUUUUAAUCAGGUCCUACCACGGUUUCUAUACGAAGGAGAAGUACGAGCCACUAGAAAAACUACGUACGGCCAGAGACACCGAGUCGAAGAUGAAAUGUGCACGCACGGUUAAAAAUUUGCUAACGCUAGCAAAGAAAAUCGACUCCAUGAUUGGAAACAUUCCCAAAGUGUCAAAAUGCGUCACCACAAUUGAAAAAUACUCCGAACUUCUUGAGCGAGGAUUGGUCGAGCGUUACGAAAUUGCAUCCGAAGAUAGUGAUUAUGAUGAAAUGAGAGAAAUUGCAACAAUCAUGUUUGAGUUCAAUGGCGGUGCCAGUGUAGUGCUGGCGUACAUGAACAAAAGCGACAUAUUCAACGAGGCUGAUCGGACGGAUGAGGACGAUCUGGGAAGAUCCAUUUUGGAUGAUGAAGCUAUAUGGACAAAACUCGCUGAUCCCAACUUUCAGGCUGUGGAUCUCUUUGACGAUGAGGAAACACAGAUUCUUCUUGAUAGGCUUAAGGUGUCCAUUCGUGCUCAGCUGAGAGUGAUACAACAGGUGUUUGAAAAGCCAAUUCUUGUUCUCAAAAUGCUUGUGCAAAGAGUGUACGCUCAAAUGAUCAACAACAAAGUGUCUACACUUUUGCUGUACUCUCUGCCUCAUGGUCCUUUGGUCCAUGUUCGUCUUCUACAUGCCUUGUACGUUCUUGUGGGUGACUUCACCAGAGAAUUGAAAGAAUACUUCUCACUCAACGAAUACGAUGAGAACAAUGAGCUAGGCGUCACCUUAGAUCAAUGUUAUUACGACUUAUUCAUUGAUUAUCUUUCUGACGACACGUAUUUCCGGAUUGAGAAGGACAUGUUGGAGAGAUCGAUAUUUUUCCUUGCCACAAAGUUCACUGAGUUCAACGAGAAAGCCAUCACGAAGCGUGCACUUGAGGAGGCACUUCAGGAAUGGGAAAGUGAGAGCGACUCCAAGGUUCAGAACGGCUUGCUCUCCAGCGACCCUUCUGCUGGUGAGAAACACAUUUUUCAUUUUAUCAAACGCAAGCGUUUGAAUAAAUUCAAAGACUUUAUGAAAAUGCAUCUCCCAGAAAUGUCUCAUCAUAACAGGGAGUCUGCUGAUAUAGCUCGAAGAAGAACAGAGUAUGCUGAGUUUGGUGAAGUAAAUAUCACCAAGGUUCAAAUGAUCAUAAAGUUGGCCAUCGAAGCCGUUGCAAGAGUGUUGGAAUUGACGCCGGUAAAGACCCCUGAGUAUUCCCUUGAAAUCCUCGAGAUUUUGCUUCUUGACUUCGGAGGACUUUACAUCGGAGGGGGCCUCGAGGUUGCGUUUGACAGAGCCAAAUUCGAGCUUUCUGUCGCUACGCUGAAGCCGGACUGUGAUCUUGAAUACUUGAAGGUAUUUAACUUGACAACCGAGGUUUUGCGUCUCUUGUCUUCUUGCAUCAAGAAGAUCAUUCUUCCGUGUGCGGUAAACAAUCCAGCCAUAAGAAACCGAAUGAUCAGUUUGACGAACAACUACGUCGCCAGGUGCGAGACAGGUUUGAAUUUGAUUCUAGCAACCACGGUGGAGCUUUUGACCGAGAAGCUCAACUCUCUCUUGCAAAAGCAAAACAGGAAAGACUACCUAUGUGACGAUUCCUCGAUGAGUAGUACAGUGUACACGGAGGUUUGCGAGGAGGUCACCACCUUGUUGAUCAACGUGCAUGACACUCUUAAGACGCAUUUGAACGAUACAAACUUGACGAAUGUGCUCAUAAAGGUGGGCAUGAUUACGUUGAACCUUUUGCUCGAUCACUUCAAAAAAUUUAAAGUCAAUUCAAAUGGUGGGCUCGUAUUGACACAGGACGUCAUCAACUACCAAUCUGUGAUUGACACUUGGGAAAUUGAGGAGCUUUCGGAAAGUUUCCAGAUCCUUAAGGAGAUCAGUAACUUGUUUACGGUCCAGCCAAACUUGAUCAAUUCCUUGAUUACAGAGGGACAUUUGGCACACCUCAAACACAAUACUGUCAAGCAGUACAUUUCAAAAAGAGAAGACCUUUCCCCUGGUAUGCUUGAACGAUUUUUUGGGAGAAAAUAG